AUGGCGGACGUUUGGCCUUGCCAAGCGUGCACGUUCCUGAACCACACGCUCAUGAAGUGCUGCGAGGUCUGCGAGACUCCGCGCGGCAAGGACGGCAGCGCGUCGCCCUUCUACCCUGCGCCCGCCGCCGCCCCACGCGUCUGGUCCUCGCCUUCGCCCUCCUCGCCUUCGUUCUUGUCCCCUCCCUCCUCCCCGUCUUCGUCGUCUUCAUUUUCUUCUGCUUCUUCGUCGUCUUCGCACUUUCCCGGCGGCGGCGACCACCCGGCGCCGUUGGACGAAGUCUCUCAGCGGCUCCACAUCUGCCGCAAGCGCGACUACCGCUUCCUCUCCCUCGAGGCCCUCGCUCUCACCGCCCUCCCCGCCACCCUCGCCCAGAGCCUGGCGCCACCGCCGGACGACGUGGUUGCCACCACCACCACCAGCGAGCCCGUCGACACCACCAACGAGCCCGUCGACACCACCAACGAGCCUGUCGACACAACACACACCACCGCACACACAGACGCAGCACUCGAGGAGAAGGCCGACGAUGCGACGUUGUCGUGUUCGGUUGUACUGCGGCCGGGUUCGUUGGCGGUGGUGCUGGACGGGGCGCGACUGGCGACGCAGCUGACGACGCUGUUCCUCAACGACAACGCGCUGACGUCGUUUCCGGUGGCGCUGGCGCGGCUGGGCCAGCUGCGCGAGCUGCACAUGCACUACAACCACCUCACCACGCUCCCGCCCGAGAUCGGCGACUUUGCGCACCUCGAGAAGCUCUUCCUCUCCCACAACGCGCUCGUCUCCCUCCCGCCCGAGAUCGGCCGCCUCACCUCGCUCCAGACGUUGUCGCUGUUUAAUAACAAGCUGACGUCGGUACCGCCGGAGCUGGGCCAGCUGCGAUCACUCCAUUCGCUCUUCCUCAACGACAACGCGCUCACGUCGCUGCCGCCGCAGACGUUUGACGCCCUGGCCGGCACGCUCACCGUGCUGCAGCUCAACGCCAACCGGCUCUCGUCGCUGCCGGCCCAGAUCGGCCGCCUGUCGGGCCUGCGCAAGCUCAACAUCGAGGCCAACGCGCUCGUCACCGUCCCCGCGUCGCUCGCGCUGCUGACCGACCUCUCGGUGCUGGCCUUCCGGCGCAACCUCUUCCACUACGCCGUCGGCGGCACCUGGAACGUGAGCCCGCCCACGCUCCUCCACCUCGCCUGCGCCGCCGUCCGCUGCCACAUCCGCGCUCUGUCCUUGCCGUCGUCUUCUUCUUCGUCUUCGCUUUCGCUCUCGCCGGCUGUCGAGGAGGUGUUAUCGUCGGCGUCGCCAUUGUCGACAUCGACGCCGCCAUCGCCGCCGGAGGCGACUUCGCCGAUCACAGCCAUCUACGACCGCCCGCGUAUCGUCGACAAGAAUGACAAGAACGCCGACCACCACGACGGCGAGGCGGCCCAUGACGGCGUCAUGAGCACGCUGGCGAUGGUGCAAGGGCUCAACAUCACCGAGGAGCUCAAGAAGCUGCUGCUCGAGGGCGAGAGCGCGUGCUCCGUGUGCGGCAAGCUCCUGUACGGCGACGGUCACGUCGUGCGCGUGUUCCCCAUGGAACUCACCCCCUCCGUUUCUGGCGGCGGCCUGAGCCUCAGCCUCACCGCCCCGGCCGACACAGGCACCGCCACCGCCCCGGCCGGCACCGCCACCGCCACCACUGGCCAGACCGGCACCGCCGCGCUCGCUGCCCCCCCUACACCGGCGGCUGGCGGGGGCGGGGGCGGCGGCCUACUCACUGCCAUCCCGCCUCAUCGGCCGAAGGUGGUGGUGCGGGGCACGUACUGCUCGUGGCUGUGCGCCAAGCGACAGGUGCCGCUGGCCGGUGGAUACGGCGGCCGCCCCGACCCGCCCAUGGCUCCGGGAAACAACGGCGACGGCGGCGCUGUGGCGGGGGUGAUGGGCGAAGGACCGGCCCAAGCGACGCCGGUGGUGCUGCCGCUGCCGCUGGUGCACCGCGCACUGCCGUCGCCGUCGCCCGCCUCUUCGCCCACCACCCAGCUCAACUGA